CCAGAAGCCUGACCUAAAGCAAACACUGUGAAAACUGACCUCCUACCGCAGUCCCUUAGCUGUGUGCUGUCAGCCUGUGAUACAGACAGCAGGGCGGAGCUGGACUGGAGGAGUUUAGCAAAGUAGUGAGCCAGAAUUAAGCGCUCGUUUAAAAAUGACAACCUCAUGGAGCGACCGACUCCAGAACGCAGCAGAUCUCCCUGCAAAUAUGGAUGGGCUCGCUAUGAAAAAGUACCGCCGAGAAGCAUAUCAUCGAUUGCCCCAAAUGUUGGACAUUUUGGGUUACAUCAAUCUGGGGUCUUUGUGAACAGAAGUUUGGCCAUGGAAAAGAUAAAGUGCUUUGGUUUUGAUAUGGAUUAUACGCUUGCUGUGUAUAAAUCCCCUGAAUACGAAUCUCUUGGAUUUGACCUGACCGUAGAAAGAUUAGUUUCCAUUGGAUACCCUCAUGAGCUGCUCAAUUUUGUCUAUGAUCCUGCAUUCCCUACCAGAGGCCUGGUGUUUGACACCCUGUACGGAAACCUGUUGAAAGUCGAUGCCUACGGGAACCUCCUGGUGUGCGCACAUGGGUUUAACUUCAUGCGAGGGCCAGAAACUCGGGAGCACUACCCAAACAAGUUCAUUCAGAGAGACGACACAGAGCGCUUCCACAUUUUGAACACACUGUUCAAUCUACCAGAGACCUACCUGUUGGCUUGCCUAAUAGAUUUCUUUACUAAUUGUGACAGGUAUACAAGCUGCGAAACAGGGUUUAAAGAUGGAGACCUUUUUAUGUCCUUCCGGAGCAUGUUCCAGGACGUCCGAGAUGCUGUGGACUGGGUUCAUUACAAGGGCUCCCUCAAGGAAAAGACACUCGAGAAUCUGGAGAAGUAUGUGGUGAAAGACGCGAAGCUGCCUUUGCUGCUGAGCCGCAUGAACGAAGUCGGGAAGGUGUUUCUUGCCACCAACAGCGACUACAAAUACACAGACAAAAUUAUGACUUACCUGUUUGAUUUUCCACAUGGACCAAAGCCCGGGAAUGCUCACCGACCGUGGCAGUCCUACUUUGACCUCAUCCUGGUGGAUGCACGGAAGCCCAUCUUUUUUGGGGAGGGCACGGUAUUGCGGCAAGUGGACACGGUUACCGGCAAGCUGAAGAUCGGGACGUACACCGGCCCCUUGCAGCACGGCAUCGUCUACUCAGGAGGUUCCUCCGACACGAUCUGUGACCUGCUGGGCGCCAAGGGCAAAGACAUUCUGUACAUCGGAGACCACAUCUUUGGAGACAUACUCAAGUCCAAGAAGCGGCAGGGCUGGAGGACCUUCCUAGUGAUCCCGGAGCUGGCCCAGGAGCUGCACGUCUGGACUGACAAGAGCGCCCUUUUUGAAGAGCUGCAGAGCCUGGACAUCUUCCUGGCAGAGCUGUACAAGCACUUGGACAGCAGCAGCAACGAGCGCCCGGACAUCAGCUCCAUCCAGAGACGCAUCAAGAAAGUGACCCACGACAUGGACAUGUGCUACGGGAUGAUGGGAAGCCUCUUCCGCAGCGGCUCGCGCCAGACGCUCUUUGCUAGCCAGGUGAUGCGUUACGCAGACCUCUACGCGGCGUCUUUCAUCAACCUCCUCUACUACCCAUUCAGCUACCUCUUCAGAGCCGCCCACGUGCUGAUGCCGCACGAGUCGACGGUGGAGCACACGCACGUGGACAUCAAUGAGAAGGAGUCGCCCAUGGCCACCCGCAACCGCACCUCGGUGGACUUCAAGGAUUCCGACUACAAGCGGCACCAGCUGACCCGCUCCAUCAGCGAGAUCAAGCCGCCCAACCUCUUCCCCCAGACCCCACAGGAAAUCACACAUUGCCACGAUGAGGAUGACGACGAGGAGGAGGAGGAGGAAGAAGAGGAGGAGGAGGAGGAGGAGUAGGCAGGACACACGGAAGCAUCUCUGAAGACAAAGCGUGACUGUAGCAGGGAGGGGGAGCGAAUUCCCAGGGUGGGUUCUGGGGUGACGAGGGGAUGCGAUUCUUUCGCAGGCGCCUUCAGAAAUUGUCCAAACACUCGAGCCAAAUUCCUGCCGCCUGCCAGGGCCCCGCAGCCCGAGAGUGCAGAUGGUCCGGGAUGCCGCCGGCCUGUGUCGCCAGCUGCUGCACCCAUCACACCCCAGGGCUUCCUGGGGACGCGCCCGUCCGGUUUUCACCCGCGCAGCAUCCUGCAAACACUUGGGAGGUGGUCGUGGGGGGACCGGGGGCCGGCUGCAAUGGGGCCAGCAGCAGACAGAACAGUUUGCAAAGGAUCCUGCCCGGCCCCCUCUGCCCCAGAUCCACGCCAGCCAGUCCUAGACGCCGUCGUGUGCAGGGAAGCGCCUGGGUGUCCCCUGUACAUGGCCCUACGUUCUGCCUCAGCGGCGCUGCGGCCCUCCUGCGCGGACGACGUCGCACGUUCUGGGUUUGCUGCAUCUUUGUCACCUGGUGGCAAAGGCUUGUUCCGUCCAUCCCCGGCGCCUCGCAAGUCUCAGCCUGCCGGGCUGCCGUUUCAUCCAGAGGGCCGGGCACCGUCGGUGGCUGCGGCCCCCUCCCGCCAGCACAGAAGCAGGAGCAGCGGAAGGCAGCCAGCAGGCUCAGUCCUUGUCUGGGGGCCUCACCUGGUGUCCCCUGAAACGGGCAGUGCAGGCCGGCCUGCGAGGGCCCAGCCGACCCAUUAAGCACGUGCGCAGCACGGGAACAGCACGGCGCAGCAGCCUGCCCGUCCCGGCACCGUGUCGCCCUCCGGGCGGUGCCAGCAGAGCAGAGCACCCGGCUCUACCCCGUCAGCCCCUUGUUCCUAUCUCGCGAGUGUCUUCAACCCCGUCCCCUGUAAGGUUCCUCGACAGACGAAGCAGCAGGGCUCGUCCUGCUGCUGGGGCAGGCGCCGAGUCAAUAAAUGAUGUUUCUAAUA